AUGUGUAUUAACUGGAAUCGGAGUGGCCUCAAGAGCUCUUCCUUUUUUUCUGGAUAUAAUGGUAUAGCUCAACCUGGUAGUAAUUCUUAUGGGGGUGUAGCUAUAUUAUAUAGUAGUAAAUUGAAAGUAAAAAUAGUAGAAAAGGAAAUAAAUUUUUUAGUUGUUGAAAUUGAUAUAGCUGGUGAAUUAGUAAAAAUAGGAGCCAUCUAUGUUCCUCCUCUAUCUUAUCUACCUUUUCAUCUUUGUGAAAAAUAUAUAAAUCAAGCGUUUAUUUUCUUUGGUGAUUAUAAUGCCAAGCAUACCGAUUGGAACUGUCCUAAAAAUAAUCCGAGUGGGAAUCAAUUAUUUAAGUGGCUUGAGCGCUCUGGAGUUGGAGUUGUCUAUCCUAAUAAGUCAACAUCACGAAAAUCUGAAGCAGUAAUUGACUUUGGUAUAACAAAUGAUGCUAAUGAUUGGCAAUGUAGAUUUAUACAGACGAAACUUGAAAAUCGUUUGGAUUGGAUGACAGUAAAUCAAAAUAUUUGGAAAUAUACUAAACCUAUUUUUCAUAAAUUUUCACCCCUAUUUCGUGGUUUAACAACGGACGACAAUGUGAAAGAAACGAAUCCCAAAAAAGUGAUUGAUAUGUUGGCAAAUUAUUAUGAGAAACAUUUCGAAGUACCUAGUUAUGAUAAGACUAAUCCCGAACAUGUACAUGCAAUAAAUACAUAUCAGGAAAUAGCGAAUUUACCUAAUGCACCUCUCGAACAAAUUAAAUAUGAAGAAGUACUAAGAGAAUGGAAUAAAUUCCGUCCAAAAAAAUCUACCGACAGCGCAAAUACAUCAGCAUUUUUACUUAAAAAAUUACCACUUCAAUUUAUUUCUAUCGUGACUUAUUUAUUUAAUAAAUGUGCAGAAGGAGGAAUGUUUUUUAAAAUGGCUAAACAUGCAAAAGUCAUCUGUUUAUCCAAAGAUGGUUUAUACCCUACAUUGGGUUGUGAACAUCAAUAA